AUGACGUCUAAGGCGGCGUCGCGGGUGCUGAUUCGUCGGGGCGUAGACGAGAGCAAAGUGGGGAAGUGGGAGCCGCGCAUCGAGUUUGCGGUCCUCGUGUUGCAGUUUGUCACGUAUUAUCUCGAUGCAACCGUCCAGAUAGUGUACAUAACGCAGUACUUUGGCCAGACGUUCACAAAUGUGAAGAUGUGUAGCGCGACCUGGGCGUUGUUCGUGGGCGUGAUGUCGUUACCCGUGGUGCAGAUUCCCACGAUUCACGACUCUGGGCGCGUCGUAGCGCUACCGUGCGUCGCGGUUGUCGUCGCUCUCGCGGUGUUUUUCGGUGAGAUCCUGUCCACAAGACCGUGGGAGAAGUGUGACCCAGGACCAACGUACGGUCGCGUCGUGACGAGCGCGAGCGUGUUCAAUUCGCUUGGGAACUUUGCGUAUGGAUUUGGUGGACACGGCUUGUAUCCCGAGGAGUUGCGCGAGAUGAAACAUCCCGAAGAUUGGCCGAAGGUGCUGAACAUCACGUACGGCACGAUGGUUCCAAUAUAUUUGCUCGUGAUGUACUGGGGUUACAAAGCAUACGGUGAUUUCGCGAAGGGAAAUAUUAACUUGAACUUUCCGCACAAUGGCGCAAACAUUGUCUCCAUGCUGAUGCAAAGCGUUCAGUGUUAUUAUGGCGUCUUCUUCACCUCCAUUACGCUCAUGAUGCGAAUUGAGACGUAUUUGGGAGUUGACCCAACACGAGGCUGGAGCGUCGUCACGCGAUACGGCGUCUCACCGGCGGUAUUUCGCCUUGUGUUUCGAACAUUCUUUCUCGCCACCGAAGUCAUAGUCGCCGCGAUUUUCCUUGCGGUAUCUGGAGACGUCAUUCUCGACAUCCAAUCGCUCGCAGGAGCGGUUGGUAUGACGGCUAUGACGUUUUUCCUUCCUUCGUUGAUUCAUUACGGGUUCAACAUGACUGAAAGGUCGUCAAAUCUCGAACGGUUCUGGGUCGUGGUGAACUUCACGAUGGGCGUCGCGAUCAUGUUUUCGGGCUUGUACGGGUCGCUGUCGAGCCUUUUCGCGAACAAGCUCGUGGACCAGUGCCCGGUGGAGUACGUUUACGCCCCGCACGACCCGAGAGAUCCGUGUUACGUCAGUGGCAUUCACUACUGA